AUGACUGUCCGCUGUCUUUGUCAUUUAUCACCUCCACGUUCGAUCCUAAGCACAUUAGUGAUCGAUCCUAUUGCGUACGAGACGACACAAGGACCAAGUAAGAAUUUAACUCGAUUGCAAGAAUUAAUACAAGUUCAAUGCAUUGCGGAACAAACGAAUCAGGAGAAGACGAAGAGUAGCGAUCUACCGCAGCCUCCACCAUCUACGCCGACUCGAGGGCGCACCGUAAAGUCACCCUCUCGCGUGAUUACUGCUCAAGCUGUUCGCAGCAGCCUGGCUAAGUCACCAACGUCAAAUAAGAAGGAUGUCCUUUCAAAAAACACGAACGAUACUUCGAUACAGAAUGUAGAAAAAGACGAAGAGAAGAAAAAUACCUAUGAGAAAAGAAGUCCGAUCAAGGAGUCUGAUCCUUUCAAAUUGUCGAAACCUUCGAAUACUCCUCGCCCACCAAAUAAUCUACGAUUGAGAAACACUGAUAACACAUCUCCAAGAAAGACUUCCCCGAAUGAGCUGCGUCUUCCUAAAUUGACAGCUUCGCCCGUUCACCAAGAAGUCAAUACCGUCUCGGAGACACACUCUAAAUUAAUUUUACCGAAAUUGAUCGAAUCCUCGAUGCAAUCUACUCGCGUAGCUCAAUGA